AUAACCGGAUAUCUUCAGUGCGCAUGAUCGAGACACCGUAGCAACGACAACUUUUGACAAGAACCUGCUGGUCACAUAAACACAAUGGCUGAAGUUGAGGAAACAUUCAAAAGGAUCCAGGCCCACAAAGGUGUCAUUGGUCUGAUUGUAGUAAAUUCAGAAGGAAUCCCCAUUAGAAGUACAUUAGAUAACUCCACAACAGUCCAGUAUGCAGGCCUGAUCAGUCAGUUAGCAGCCAAAGCAAGGAGUACAGUUCGAGAUAUUGACCCUGGCAAUGACCUGACAUUCCUUAGGAUUAGGUCAAAGAAGCAUGAGAUUAUGGUUGCCCCAGAAAAUGAAUAUUUGUUGAUAGUUAUCCAGAAUCCAGAUGCUGUGUAAUUGAGUUAUUUCCCUUUGGAUGUUCAUCACCAUAUCUGAUAAAGAAUACCUUCUCAUCUGUAUCCAGUCCCCCCAUGAUUGAGGAGUUCUACAGAUGCCACAUUUUACUGACUUUAUGUUACAAUGUUCAGCUCUUUUGUGUUUAUGUACAGCAAUUGACGUUUUAGAUAUUUUUUUGGCUGAAACAAUUCAGUUCAUUAUUUAAUUCAUGUGAAAUGAUCAAAUAAAAUUUGUAAAAUUUAAA